CAACUUUAUUUCUAACUUCAAUUUCAAACUUGUAAGUUUUUUUUGAUUUUGAUGACCAAACACCUACUAACUUAGGAAUUGAGGAAGGCGUUGUUCUCUGAAAACUAAGGUAGGGUAGACACAAUCAAGACAAUUAGACCAACUUCUCCCUAUAUAACUAGAUCCCUAGUUUUAUUAUCCUAAAGCUGUCUCUAUGCACUAAACUUCCUCACAUGGCUGCUCCUAUCAAGAAUACCAGCAGACUCUCUCUUGCCAUGGAAAGAACUGGCCAAUGGGUUUUUUCCCAAGAAAUUCCAACUGAUGUUAUUGUUGAAGUAGGUGAAGCAAACUUUAAUCUUCACAAGUUCAUGCUAGUAGCAAAGAGCAACCACAUAAGGAAACUUAUACUUGAGACUAAAGAAAGUGAUGUAACUCGGAUAAUCUUGUCGGAUAUUCCUGGAGGACCAGAGAUGUUUGAAAAGGCAGCUAAGUUUUGCUAUGGAGUCAACUUUGAAAUCACAGUUCAUAACGUGGCUGCUCUUCGGUGUGUUGCUGAGUAUCUUCAAAUGACUGAUAAAUACUGCGAUAACAAUCUUGCUAGCCGGACCGAAGAUUUCCUUUCUCAAGUUGCCUUGACCAGCCUUUCUGGUGCACUGGUCGUAUUAAAGUCCUGUGAAAAUCUUCUCCCCCUUGCCCACGACCUCAACAUCCUUCAAAGAUGUGUUGACAUCGCUAGCGCUAAGGCAUGUGUGGAAGCAAAUUUUCCGAGCAGAUCACCACCAAAUUGGUGGACGGAAGAGUUAACCAUCUUAGAUGUAUCAUUUUUCGAGAGAAUCAUUGUUGCAAUGAAAGGUCGUGGAGCAAAAGCGUUAACAAUAGCAAGUGCUAUAAUCACAUAUACAGAGAGGUCUCUUCGCGAUCUUGUACGUGAUCACUCGGGAAACGGCACCAGAUUAAUAGAACCAGAGGACUCCGAUAUUAGAAUGCAUCAACGGGAACUUCUCGAGUCAAUUGUCGCUCUCUUACCUGUCGAGAAAGCAGCUUUCCCAAUCAAUUUCUUGUGUUGUCUCCUGCGUACAGCUAUUUUCUUAAGAGCAGCCAAUAGUUGCAAGACUGAAUUGGAGAAAAGGAUAUCAAUAAUAUUAGAACAUGUGACCGUAGAUGACCUGUUAGUGUUGUCUUUUACUUAUGAUGGAGAAAGACUAUUUGAUCUUGAGAGCGUUAGGAGAAUCGUUUCUGGGUUUAUGGAGAAAGAGAAAAGUGUAGCAGUGUUUAAUGGUGGUGAUUUUGGAGAAGUUUGUUCCACGGGGAUGCAGAGAGUUGCAAAGACUGUCGACGCGUACCUUGGUGAAAUUGCUACUUUUGGGGAUCUCAGUAUAUCAAAAUUCAAUGGAAUUGCUAUUUUGGUUCCUAAGGGAGCGAGAAAGGCUGAUGAUGAUCUUUACAGAGCUGUCGAUAUCUAUUUGAAGGCGCAUCCACAUCUGGAUGAAAUUGAAAGAGAGAAAGUCUGCAGUGUGAUGGAUCCUCUGAAACUAUCCUAUGAAGCCAGAGUCCAUGCUUCUCAAAACAAACGUUUGCCAGUGCAAAUAGUCCUUCAUGCUCUUUACUUUGAUCAACUCAAGAUAAGGAGCAGUGCAGACGACACUCAUAAUAACAACAUGCCAGGAGCCAUUGCAACGAGGAACCAAUUAGAAGCAGACGUUUCGCUUGUGAAGGAGAAUGAAGUUCUAAGAACGGAGUUGUUGAAGAUGAAGAUGUACAUAGCAGAUAUACAGAAAACAACUGUUACUCAAGGAACUUCAGCUAAUAAAGGAAGUUUGAGGAAGACAACCUUCUUCUCUUCUAUGUCCAAAACUUUGGGGAAAUUGAAUCCCUUUAAGCAUGGGUCAAAGGACACUUUCAAUAUUGAUGAUGGCGCUGUAGAUAUUACUAAGCCUAGGAGGAGAAGAUUUUCCAUUUCUUAAAUUAAUUAUGUUAUCUAUAUAUAUUCACAUUGUUUGUUUUUUAAUGUUGUGUGAGCGAGGAAAAGAAAAAAGAAACAAUUUGUAAAGUAUUGAUUAUGUUGUUUGUUUGUUUGUUCUCCUGUUAGGUCAAGGAUUGCAUUUAUAUAUAUGUCUAUGUUCUUCAUGUGCUA